UCUCUCUGUUACCCCUGUCCUCCUCUCUCUCUUUCUCUCUUUCUCUCUCUCUCUCUCUCUCUCUCUCUCUCUCUCUCUGUCUCUCUCUCUUCACUAUCUCUUCACACCCUUUCUGGGGAACACCAGGCAGAAGAAGGCGAGUCUUCUGGAACACAGAGGGAGAGAGUUCACUUCAGAGAGCGUGUGCAUGCGUCUCUCAGCAUCUCUCCCAUAAACAAACACCAUCAGUGGAUUUUUAAUGGACUUCUCUGCCCAUUCCAUGUUGAACAGAGUGGAUGUUGGAAUAAGGAGGAUCGCUCAGGGAGUCUGAUUGGAUCAGCAUCCCCAAAAUGAGUGAAGAAGCCAAAGAGAAAAGUAGCUCCAAACCAGCACAUCGUAAGAAGAAAGGUAAAAAGUCGGACAGCAAUGCUAGUUACCUGCGUGCAGCGAGGGCAGGGAACCUUGAGAAGGUACUCGACUACCUGAAGACUGGUGUCGACAUUAACAUCUGUAAUCAGAAUGGGUUGAAUGCAUUGCACUUGGCAUCCAAAGAGGGGCAUGUGGAGGUGGUGGUCGAGCUACUCAAACUGGACGCCAACGUAGAUGCAGCAACCAAGAAAGGAAACACAGCACUGCACAUCGCCUCACUAGCUGGACAGGCGGACGUGGUGAGAGAACUAGUGACAAAUGGAGCCACUGUCAAUGCACAGAGCCAGAAUGGCUUUACCCCACUGUACAUGGCAGCUCAGGAGAACCAUCUGGAUGUGGUGCGCUUCCUCUUAGAGAACAACUCUAGCCAGAGCAUCGCCACUGAGGAUGGUUUUACACCGCUAGCCGUAGCCCUGCAGCAGGGUCAUGAUCAGGUGGUUUCUCUGUUGUUAGAGAAUGAUACAAAAGGUAAAGUCCGUCUGCCUGCGCUCCACAUCGCCGCCCGCAAGGACGACACCAAAUCUGCUGCUCUGCUCCUUCAGAAUGACCACAAUGCAGAUGUAGAGUCCAAGAGUGGUUUCACUCCUCUCCACAUUGCUGCCCACUAUGGAAACAUCAAUGUCGCCACACUACUAUUAAACAGAGGAGCAGCAGUUGACUUCAUGGCAAGGAAUGACAUCACUCCGCUGCAUGUGGCAGCUAAGAGAGGGAAUGGAAACAUGGUGAAAUUGCUGCUGGACCGAGGAGCAAAGAUUGAGGCUAAGACCAAGGACGGUUUAACCCCUCUGCACUGUGGAGCACGCAGUGGACACGAGCAGGUUGUUGAGAUGCUACUGGACAGGGGAGCCCCCAUCCUCUCCAAGACUAAAAAUGGUCUAUCUCCACUGCACAUGGCGACCCAAGGGGAUCACCUGAACUGCGUCCAACUGCUUCUCCAGCACAAUGCCCCUGUGGAUGAUGUCACCAAUGAUUAUCUGACCGCACUGCAUGUGGCUGCUCACUGUGGACAUUACAAAGUGGCCAAAGUCAUUGUGGAUAAGAAGGCCAACCCUAAUGCGAAAGCUCUGAAUGGUUUCACUCCUCUUCAUAUUGCCUGUAAGAAGAAUCGAGUGAAGGUGAUGGAACUGCUGCUGAAACAUGGGGCUUCACUACAGGCAGUCACCGAGUCGGGGUUGACACCCAUCCAUGUUGCUGCAUUUAUGGGUCAUGAGAACAUAGUAAAACAGCUCACGCAUCAUGGAGCCUCACCCAACACUACCAACGUGAGAGGUGAAACGGCGUUGCACAUGGCAGCAAGGGCGGGCCAGGCUGAUGUUGUCGGAUAUCUGCUUCAGAAUGGUGCUAAAGUGGACAUCAAAGCCAAGGAUGACCAAACGGCCCUACAUAUAGCUAGUCGUCUGGGAAAGUUGGAGAUUGUGCAGCAGUUGCUGCAGAAAGGGGCAUUACCCAGCGUUGCCACCACCUCCGGUUACACCCCUCUUCACCUAGCCGCCCGUGAGGGUCAUCGGGAAAUAGCUGCUCUCCUGUUAGAGCAGGGAGCUUCCCUUUCUGCAGCAUCCAAGAAAGGGUUCACUCCCCUGCAUGUGGCCGCUAAGUACGGGCAGUUGGAAGUGGCCAAUCUUCUACUACAGAAGAAAGCUGCACCAGAUGCUGCAGGCAAGAAUGGUUAUACUCCACUCCACAUUGCGGCUAAGAAGAAUCAGUUGGAGAUUGGGACGAUGUUGCUGGAAUAUGGGGCAGAGUGUAACACAGUGACCCGUCAGGGCAUCAGCCCUUUGCAUCUCGCCGCACAGGAGGGCAGUGUAGACCUAGUGUCUCUACUGCUUAGCAAACACGCUAAUGUUAAUAUGGGCAAUAAGAAUGGUCUCACACCACUGCACCUGGCAGCACAGGAUGAUAGGGUGGGAGUGGCUGAAGUUCUGUUGAACCAUGGAGCUGAGAUUGAAGCCCAAACUAAGAGUGGAUACACUCCAAUGCACAUAGCGUGUCAUUAUGGCAACAUGAAGAUGGCCAACUUUCUGUUAGAGAAUCAGACCAGAGUCAAUGCAAAAACAAAGAAUGGUUACACUCCCCUUCACCAAGCAGCACAGCAAGGCCACACCCACAUCAUUAAUAUGCUGCUUCAAUAUGGAGCUUCAGCCAAUGAGCUCACAGCGGUAAGUACAGAGAAUGGGAACACUGCUCUCUCCAUCGCUCGGCGACUGGGAUACAUCUCUGUAGUGGACACACUAAGAGGAGUUACAGAUGAGAACCUCACUGCCACGCCUGUAAAUGAGAAACACAAGAUCAAUGUUCCGGAGACCAUGAACGAGUUCCUAGACAUGUCCGACGAUGAAGCUGUGAAAGAUCAUGAAGCCCAGGCUGAAGGGGAAGAAGGUGAGGAUGCCAUGAUCCGCGAGACUGAAAGGUAUCUUCGGCCGCAGGACCUGAAGGAAUUGGGCGAUGACUCCCUGCCGCAGGAGGGCUACAUGGGAUUCAGUAUCGGAGCCCGCUCUGCCAGCUCAGACAGGUCCAACACUCUGAACAGAAGUUCAUUUGCUCGGGACAGCAUGGUGAUUGAAGAGAUGCUGGCACCACCCACCAAAGACACGCACCUCACUGUCACUCGUGAAUACAACAGUGAGUGUAUGCGGCGAUACAGCUGGACCCCUGACACAGUGGACCACUCGCACAACACUGUGUGCAGUCCUGUGCACUCUGGGUUUCUGGUGAGUUUCAUGGUGGAUGCUCGGGGUGGGUCGAUGAGAGGAAGUCGUCAUGAUGGGAUGCGUAUAAUCAUUCCACCCAGGAAGUGCCCAGCACCGACACGGAUCACCUGCCGCUUGGCAAAGCGCCACCGCCUGGCGUACCCGCCACCUAUGGUGGAGGGGGAGGGCCUUGUUAGCAGGCUAGUGGAGGUGGGGCCAGCCGGGGCACAGUUUUUGGGGCCUGUGAUAGUAGAAAUCCCUCAUUUCGGCUCCAUGCGAGCAAAGGAGAGAGAGCUUAUCGUCCUACGCAGUGACAACGGAGAGACCUGGAAAGAACAUCAUUAUGACUGUAAAUUAGCAGAGCUCACACCUAUCCUUAAUGGAAUGGACGAGGAGCUGGACAGCCCAGCAGAGCUGGAGAAGAAACGUAUCUGCCGCAUAGUCACAAAAGAUUUCCCACAGUACUUUGCAGUGGUUUCUCGUAUCACACAAGAAAGUGAUCACAUGGGGCCGGAGGGCGGAGUCUUGAGCAGUGAGGCAGUUCCCAUGGUGAAGGCUGCCUUUCCCCAGGGAGCGCUUACUAAGAAAAUUCGUGUUGGACUACAGGCACAGCCAGUGCCAGAGGACAUGGUGUGGACCAUCAUUGGUAACAGAGCAUCCUUUAGUCCGAUUGUUACUGUGGAGCCUAGGAGGAGAAAAUUUCACAAGCCCAUCACCAUGACAAUACCUGUGCCACCCAGAUCCAAAGAGGCUGUUGCUAAUGGACGCAAAGGAGAACCUGCCCCCUGCCUUAGACUGCUUUGUAGCAUCACAGGUGGAACAUCCCCUGCCCAGUGGGAAGAUAUCACUGGGACCACUCCACUCUCCUUUGUCACAGACUGUGUGUCCUUUACCACAAAUGUGUCUGCCAGAUUUUGGUUGGCAGAUUGUCAGCAGAUCAGUGAGACGGUGGGUUUAGCAUCUCAGUUGUAUCGAGAGCUGAUCAGUGUUCCAUACCUGGCCAAAUUUGUGGUGUUCGCUAAAAUGAUCGACCCUGUCGAGUCCCGACUGCGUUGCUUCUGUAUGACUGAUGACAAAGCGGACAAAACUCUGGAGCAGCAGGAGAACUUUGAAGAGGUGGCCAGGAGCAAAGACAUUGAGAUUCUGGAGGGCAAGCCCAUUCAUGUAGAAUGUUAUGGCAACAUCUCUCCUCUGACAAAGAGUGGUCAGCAACUCAUCUUCAGCUUCUAUGCCUUCAAAGAGAACCGGCUCCCAUUCAACAUCAAGGUCAGAGACAUGGGUCAGGAACCUUGUGGGAGAAUCUCUUUCCUCCGAGAGCCCAAAACCACUACAGGCCUACCACAGAGUGCAAUUUGCAACCUCAAUUUUACACUGCCAACACACAGGAAGGAAAUGGAGUCGGAUCCUGAUGAUGAGAAUGACAAAGAUCGACGACAUACCUUUGCCUCAUUAGCAUUGCGAAAGCGCUACAGCUAUCUGGCUGACCCAGCAUCCAAAACAGCUGAAAGAGGCCAUAACACCACUCCAAAAACCACGCCGCAGCCUUCUGGCAACGCUUACAAGCCUGUCCUUACGACGCGCUCCUACCAGGCCUGGGCAACAAGCUCUCCUGUCAAUGUGCCUGGCCUGGCCAAGUCUGGAUUUGGCUCUCUCUCCAGCUCCUCAUCUAAUACCCCCUCAGCCUCUCCACUGAGGUCGGUGUGGUCUGUGAACUCCGUUUCUCCUAUCAAAUCCAUCAUUGGAGGUUCACCAGCAUCUUCCAUCAAAUCUACCAGCGAUGUUGCAUCACCAAUUCGAUCUUACAGAACCAUCUCCUCACCCAUAAAGACUGUGGUUCAAGGUGCCCAGUACCCAGUCCAAGCUUCUCCUACCCUUCUUUCCUGUCCAGGGAAAAGUGUCCCUGAUCCAGUCUCAGUUAAAGGCCUGGCAGGCCUGUCAGCCAGGACCUCUCCAGUACCAUCUGGAGGGACCUUGCUGGAAAGAUCCUCCAUUGCUAUAACCCCUCCAGCCUCACCCAAGUCUUCUCUAAACAUGUACAGCUCAAAUUUGCCCUAUAAGUCUGUUCCAACAUCAAACCCUCCAGCAACCAGCUCCCCCAUUAAAACUGUCCCAGGCUUCUCCUCUAUUAGAACCAGUGCUGAUGCUUCUGGCUCUGCUAAAGGAUUCCUGUCAUCCCUCUCCUCACCAUUGAAAUCUGCCUCAGCCACAACAGCAGCUGCCCUGAUCAAUGGAACUGUUUCCCCGAACAAAUAUCGCUCCUCCUUGCCAACAACUCAUCUUACUAGCACACUGCAGGAAAGGAUUCAAGCCACAACAAAUGCAGCAACAACAAGCGUGAAUGCUGCCUUUGAUGAAGUAGAAAAAACAUUUAAUUCCUGCUCAGCUGGCUAUGGCACUCUGAAGUCAAUGUCCUCCACUCCCUCAUCCUCUUACCAGUCUAUCCGUUCUUCUGCAUCCAGCUCAUUGUAUGCCUCCCUCAGAUCUCCCCCCAACUCUGCCACUUCAGUAACUUCCAGCACUAUAACAGUACCUGUCUAUUCCAUUAUAAAUGUCUUACCAGAACACCAGUUUAAAAAGCUCCCUGAAGUCUCUAAAUCAACAGCUGCUCUCCUUUCCCCAAGGAAGGCCAUGCCCCAAGAGGUUAAUGCCCAGACACAGUGCUCUUUUGCCAGAACUCUGUCCCCUGUCAAAACUUCCCUGUACAAGUCCCCAGGAAUGCUAAAAUCUGCUACCUCUUCAUCACCUCUGUCAAACAGCCAGGAGAUACUGAAAGAUGUGGCUGAAAUGAAGGAGGACUUAAUCAGAAUGUCUGCCCUUCUGCAAACUGAUGCAAAUUCAACCUCUAAAGGUUAUCAGUCUGACACUAAAGAACAUAAAGUGGAGGAUGAGGAGCCUUACAAGAUUGUGGAGAAAGUCAAACAAGAUCUAGUCAAAGUCAGUGAAAUUCUUAGCAAGGAUGUUUUGAGAGAGAGUGAGGCAAACAUUAAAAACAGCAAGAUAGAAGAUGUCCUGGAGAAUGACAUUGAUGAUAAUCCACAAAAUGAAUGGAGAUGCCCACCUCGAUAUGAAUCAUUAGCCCCUCAAGUCAAAACAAAAUCAGUUUCUGACAGAGAUUUUAACCUUGCAAAAGUUGUUGACUACCUAACCAAUGACAUUGGCACAAGCUCUCUUUCAAAAAUAGCAGAGGCUAAACAAAGGACAGAAGAAGCAAGAAAAGAAGGAGAGGAGAAACAAAAACGGGUCCUAAAACCUGCAAUAGCUUUACAGGAACACAAGCUCAAAAUGCCUCCAAUGAAUAUGCGUCCCUCUCCUUCAGAGAAAGAACUUUCAAAGCUAGCUGAUGCAUUGUUUGGCCCUGAAAUAGCACUGGACUCUCCAGAUGAUGUCUCCCAUGACCAAGACAAGAGUCCACUCUCAGACAGCGGGUUUGAGACUCGUAGUGAGAGAACUCCCUCGGCCCCACAAAGUGCAGAAGGUAUGGGCCCCAAAGGCCUCUUUCAGGAGAUUCCUCCAGUCAUCACUGAAACACGCACUGAGGUUGUACAUGUUAUACGAAGCUAUGAGCCUUCAGAUGAUCCUAAGGAGCCAGUAUUGGAGGAGCCUAAGAUGUCAAAACCUCUGUGGGGUGCUGAUGCUGAGCCCCGAUCACCAGGCGGGUCUAUUAAGGAAAGAGUGAAAGCUUACCAAGCUAGAGUCAAUGCAGAGGAUGAUGUGAUGGGCAAAGGAAUGCGGGUCAAAGAGGAAACUCACAUAACAACAACUACAAGAAUGGUAUACCACAAACCUCCCGCUAAAGAGGCUGGACCUGAAAGAAUGGAGGAGACCAUGUCUGUACGAGACAUAAUGAAGGCCUUCCAGUCUGGGAAGGAUCCAUCCAGGGAGUUAACAGGCCUGUUUGAGCACAAAAGAAGCAAUGAAGGGACAGAGCCUUCUUUUAGGCCUGUAGACCCAAUACCAAAAGUUGAGCGCAUCAUUGAGGUUCACAUUGAGAAAGGCAAUAAAGCUGAACCAACUGAAGUAAUUAUAAGAGAAACAAAAAAUCACCCAGAGAAAGAAAUGUACAUAUAUCAAGGCAACAGUGACAUAAAAGAACUGCAAAAUAGGAUCGGCAAUGAGCAACACGACAACAUAGAACCUGAGGAAUCACUUCCUUGUUAUCUGGACUCCAGAGUACAUAUGCCUGUCUCUUUGAUGGAUGAUAAGACCCUGAAAUUGCUUAGUCAACAGUCAGUUGAGUAUCAUGAUGAUGAGUCAUCUGAAACGAGGGGAGAGUCAUGCAAAUUUGCGGAGAAAAUGUUCCUCUCAGAAAAAUUUGACUCGUCCCAUUCAGACUCAGAUGAAUCUGUGAUUGACAGGUCUCGUUACUAUGGUGAGGGAACACAAGGUGGCUCACUUAGAGAAUUUAUGUUAAAGACUGAUAGGUCAGGUAGGUCAUCAGAAGAUGAAAGUUAUGACAAACUCACUCUAUUGCAGUAUGCCUCUGAUCCUGAUAGUCCAAAAAAGUCUAUCUGGAUGAAAGUUUCUGAAGACAGACAGAGUAAAAACAGAGAGAAGCAUAAAUAUGAGGACAGAGUAGAUAGAACUGUAAAAGAGGCUGAGGAAAAACUAAGUGAAGUCUCACAGUUCUUUCGUGAUAAAACUGAGAAACUGAACGAUGAGCUUCAGUCCCCUGAGAAGAAGCAUCGCAGGCAAGAUGCAAGAGAGACUCGUUCUGGGCCUAGCUCAACUUGCAGUAGCCCAGAGAGGUCAGUGCACAAGAAUGGAGUGACUGGAGAGGACUGGAGCAGAGACAGGUUUAGGGAUAAGUACGGUUCUCAUGACAGAAAAUGUGCCAGCCUACCAAGCAGCCCUGAAAGGCGGGUUUUGCUUCAAUACAGUGAUGACCCAAAAAGGGGGGACUGCUCAUCCGGAAGCAGUGCAAGUGAAUCCUCUAAAUAUUUCCAACCCUCAACAUCUAAAGUUAGCUCAGUCAGAAUGAAAUUUGAAUCAGAGGCCCAGAAACAAGAUAAAGGGGGUCAGUGGGGUCAAACGUCAGGAUCCCCAGUGAGAAAGCUGCAGGAAAGUAAACUGCCUGUUUAUCAAGUUUUUGCUGGGGGGAAUCUCCCUAAGUCAACAGAGUUGUCUGAAAGUGAGAGAAGCUCUAAGAAAGAUGGAAACAGACAGAAAAAUAGAUCAGAUAUCUCUUCACCAAAACAUCACCAAAAUGUAUAUAGCAAAGAAGAAGUUGUCAGCGAAGACAGGAAAAUAGUAAAAACCUGGGAAAAUCAUGGCAAUGGGCAACUAAAACCUCAUAAAACAAAGCACACCCAUACCCUAGAGCAUGAUAAGCAAAAGGAUGACUCACAGAAUGAGCAACACUCAUUCAGAAAUGGAAACACCACAAAGGAAGAAACAACUAAAAAGAUCAUUUAUACAGAGCUGGUAAUUCAAGAAAAAUCUAGUAAUACUGAAAAAAGCAAUGGUGCUCUAAAAAAAAACUUGGAAUCACAAAUUCCUGUAAGGGUCUCAUCUAGUUUUAUAGACCAUCAUCAAAAUAGCACUUUAAAUUUAGAUUAUUCCACAAAAUCUGAAAGAACAGGGUCUCACUUAGGCAGAAACACAAAAACUAUUUCUGGUGCUAACAAAUCACCUAGUGAUGUGUCCUCAGUAAUGAACUCAGAUUCCAACAGGCAGAUUGCUAAUUUAGUGUGUAAUGGUGUUGAUGCUAACCAAGUUGAUUAUAUUGAACAAGUGACCCCAGGUGUCACUGCAAACAUUAAACCUCUCCCAGUUUAUGUCAGCAUUCAAGUAGGUAAACAGUAUGAGAACGAGACUGCUACUGGGCAACUGAGCACUUACAAGAAAGUAGUAAGCCAUGAGAGCCGGACAGUACAUGACACACGCGGAGCAUUCUAUACUAUCAAACAGAAACAGCCACCAUCCCCACAGGGCAGCCCUGAAGAUGACACACUAGAGCAGGUAACGUUUAUGGACAGUUCAGGAAAAAGUCAGGUAACACCUGAGACGCCUACCUCUGAGGAGGUCAGCUACGACCUGAACUCCAGAGCUCCUGACUCCAUCAUUGGUUCCAUGACUGGAAUGCCUAGCCCAAUCCCAGAGGAGUCAGAGGAAGAGGAGCAGCCAAAGACAUUCAUUUUCAAGGAAUUACCAGCAGAUAAAACCAAACCCAACACCCAAUCAUCAGAGCCUUCAAAAAGAAAACAAGACUCAUCUGGAAAAAGGUCAAAAGACAAGCGCAUAGCUUACAUUGAGUUCCCACCACCACCACCUUUAGAAAGUGAGCAAGCUAACUUUGAAAAGAAGGGGUCAUGCCCUUCCUCUGAAGCAGAAACCGAGAUGAUGGAGGUAAACCUCCAAGAGGAGCAUGACAGGCAUUUCCUUGCGGAGCCAAUAAUCAGAGUUCAGCCUCCCUCCCCUCUCCCUCCUGGAGCUGACAACAGUGACUCUAGUGAUGAUGAAUCAGUUUUUCAGCCUGCCCCCCUCAAAAAAUACACCUUCAAAAUGACUGAGGAGGGUGAGAAACAUGUCAACCCUAGAAAACCAGAGAGAAACAGCUCACACCAGGACUCAGGCAUCAAUGACAUUUUAAAAGGAGAAGAGGUAGAAUGUGAACAGAAUGGAAAUGAUCAGUCUAUCAGUGAUUGUUCUAUAGCAACAACUGCUGAAUUUUCCCAUGAUACAGAUGCUACUGAGAUAGAUUCUCUUGAUGGGUAUGACCUACAAGAUGAGGACGAUGGGCUGAGUGACCCUAAAACAUCAAGCCUAUCAAAUGAGGGAAAAGCAGGUGAUCGUUCCUUUAGCCAGAGCAAACUUGAAGUGAUUGAAGAGGAGAGCACUCAAAAUGAGGAAUCAGGGGAAAAGGAAAAAACUAAAAGAUCAUCUGGGAAAAAAUUAGACAAUGGGAAAGAUCAGGAGAAAAUAUAUUCCUUGGAGGGAAGACACCCUGAUAGACAAGGUUUUACAGAAAAUUAUUUUAACUGCCAAUUAGAGGAGGGCAUAAACACUACCUUUAAAACUGUGACCACUAAAGGCUUAGAUUUUGAUCCGUGGUCUGGUAAAGUGGAAGAGGAGGGAGCGUUUGAGACUAAAAACAAAGAUGAAGAUCCAAAACCCUGUGCUUUGUCAGUGGAUGACAAAUCACAAGCAACCACGCCGGAUACCACUCCAGCAAGAACCCCAACAGAUGAGAGUACCCCAACUAGUGAGCCCAACCCUUUCCCCUUCCACGAGGGCAAGAUGUUUGAGAUGACCCGCAGUGGUGCUAUUGACAUGAGCAAGAGGGACUUUGUUGAAGAGAGACUUCAGUUUUUCCAGAUUGGUGAGCAUACUUCAGAUGGGCAGUCAGGGGACAAGGGGAAAGGGGGCAGGAAUGCAGGGGUAGUUGCCUCUCACUCAAAGGCAGGGGAAAGAGCUGUAGAGGGGAAGGUAGAGGCAACCACAGACAUAACACCAUCCAGAGGCUGCACAGCCCAGGGCAGCACUGAUUGCCUGGACGCACCUCCAUCCGCUGACACCACCUCAUGCACUGUCACAACCUCCAAGGUCGACCCCAAAUUACGCACCCCCAUUAAGAUGGGCAUCGCUGCUUCCAUUACUAUAAAGAAAGACACUGGCUCAGCUGAACUGACUGAUGUUAAGGCUGAGUCUUCAGACAGUCAGAUGGUGGAUUACAUUAGCAUGGAGUCACAAUUAGCAGAGAGUCACUUUGAUAACCGGUGCACUGACACUUCCCCAACUGGCAGGAAAGAUUACCCCUCAGAAAACUGCAAUAACAACAAUAAUUUAGAGUCAUCCAAUGUCCAGGCCAACUACAUCCAGUGUGGUAGUGUAGUAUUCAAUUUGCAAUCAUCUUCCGAACCCACUUUACAGAAAGCUAGUAGAAUAGAGGCUCAGUUCUGUAAGGAGUCUGUUGAGAGAGCAGAGCAAUCUAGCACUCAGAGUCAACAGAGUAAAAUGGUCUUAGAGAACAGGCACCUCAAGUCCAGGCUCCCAGUCAAGGCAACAGGGUUCAGUUUUAACACACACAAUUCAGGAAAGCACAAACCUCAGCAGGUUGUUAGGCCAGAGGCAAGGAAAGUGGAUCUUACUCCCAUAGCGACUGAGCCCAAAUCUAGGAUUCCCAUAAAGGACGUCAAAAAGAAUUGUGCAGGAAACUCAGCUGUUACGGCUCAGGUUGUUCCAAGGUCAAAUAAGCCCAUCGAGUCAGAGAGAUCAGUCAGACCGGUAGUUCCUUCAAGGCUGCCAUUCAAAGACAGGGUAUCUAGUGGUUCAGAGGCAGGUAAAGCCAACCUUAGUGAAGUGUGUAGGCAGUCUAUUGAGUUCUUAAAGAAUGUUAGCGGUGAAGCAAUAAAGGUGGCCGAACGACUUUCAGACGAGGAGAAACAGACGCAGGGAGAGCAGUCGGAGGAGGACAGCAGCACAUCACGAAGCACCUCAAUAUCGGACCCCUCUCAGUCCCAGCACUCCCUCUCCACUGGCUCCUCCCGAGGGGUCACACCCUCUAGGAUAAAGGUCACAAGGGCGGCGGGCAGUGAGAGACGGAGGAGUAGGCGGACUGGAGGAGGGAAGGAGGGCAAUAAGAAUGAAGGGGCCCGCAGGUCGCCCCCCGUCGCGGAGAUCAAGCCUAGUCCACAGAGUCCCUGUGAGAGAACAGACCUUCGCAUGGCCAUUGUGGCUGAUCACCUGGGACUGAGCUGGACAGAGCUUGCUCGGGAGAUGAAUUUUUCUGUGGAUGAGAUAAACCACAUUCGCACAGAGAACCCAAAUUCUCUCACAGCCCAGAGCUUUAUGCUCCUCAAGAAGUGGGUCAGUCGAGAUGGGAAAAACGCCACGACGGAUGCACUGACGGUGGUCUUGACUAAAGUGAACCGGAUGGAUAUUGUGACACUGCUGGAAGGUCCCAUAUUUGACUAUGGUAACAUUUCAGGCACCAGAAGUUUUGCAGAUGAUAGCGCUGUGUACCAGGAAAAGGCGGAUGGUUACCACAACACCCUGGCUCAACUGCAGUCAACUACCAACCCCACCCCCACCAAACCCCCUACCUGUCCUUCUAUGUCUGUUGACCUCAGACCCAUCCUAGAUCUGCCCCUUGACCCUCCCCCUUAUUGCCCUUCCUGGGGGCAAGAACGGAACAGCAAGGAAGAGUCUGUCAGAAUCACCCCAUUCAGACCCUGUGACUUACCCCUGUUGCAACCCAUAAACAACCGUAACACUCACUCUGAAACAUUUGUAGAAAUACAAACAUAUUCUGAGACCUACACUCAACCACACACACUCUCUGAGAUUUUAUCUGAUCCUCACUCACACUCUCAGCUCCCUCACGACAACCAUAAACACACAACUCAACUUUCAGCUGACACGCAUACACUCGCCCAGGUUUAUCCACUGCUCCCAUCUCAACCAAACCCUGCUGAACCUCUUCGUAACCCCUCAGCCCCUAUGCCACCCCAGUCCUCUGCAAACACAGACCCAUCUCUAAUCAAGCAGGACCAUCCAAUACAGGGCUACCAGGGGUUUCAAGACAAGGAACAGAGAGAAGAAAAUGAGGUGGGGAAAGAGAAAAUAGAAUCUUUUCACUCCCAACAGAACUCAUCCCUUCCAGUGGAACAAAGUGACCUAACACUACAUGGAAAAGAGGAGAGCAAGAAUCCAUCAUCAUCAUUACUACCAUCACCAUUAGAAGAAACUGAGGUUAAUAUGAGAGGACAGGAGAGAAUGUUCUUAAAGGAGGUCCAAGGUCAGGAUAAGUGUAAUCUCCCUUUGCGACCCUGGGCAGAGGUCCUGAGGGAGUCUGACUCAGGAGGAGAGGAUGAGGAGGAAUGUGAAAAGAGACAGGAGCGACUGGAGGUGUCAGGAGGCAACAUCGAAGAGAGCGAGAGGGAAGUGAAUGAGAAAGGGAGUGAGAUAGUAAGAGGUGUUGAACAAAUUGAGUCUGAGUUGUGCUCGUUCUCCACAGGCUGGCUCAUUGAGACUGCCAACAUUAAUGUAGAACCGCCCACUUCAGGGCGGAGUCUCAGCUCUGACCACAUGGACAGACAGGACAACAGUCAAGAGAACUCCAGUGACUCUGUGACAUCGUCAUCUAGAGGGGAUUCAGGAAGACCUCGACAAAACGGUGAGCACUCCGGCACCAUGCCCUACAGUUCAGUGUCUCAGGAAUCAGCCAAUGGAGUGAAGGCAAGGGCGGGAAAACAAGAAGGAGCUCUGAUUGUUGAGCACAAAGUCCAACAGCGUUCAUCAACAGAGAGCGGCCUGGAUGAAGAGCGCACUGUCACCACCAAAGUGUUCCGUAGACGUCUCAUUCUCAAGGGAGAGGAGGCACGAAACAUUCCUGGCGAGUCAGUUUCGGAGGAACAGUUUAUUGAUGAAGAUGGAAACAUCAUCACCAGAAAAGUCAUUCGAAAGGUGAUUUGCUGUGUGGAUACACCUACUCCAGUAUACCAGGGCUUGGUGAGUGGCACAGGGUCACAGGGAGACCCUGAUUGCCCUCUUAGUGCUGCCACUCUGGGGAAGAGCCACGGCCCCCUAGUCCCUGACAUCCAAACCCACCCUGCUGCACAUGCUGAGGGAGAAGUUUCCAAGGUGAGGAAAAAGGAAGAAAAGCGAUCAUCAGAGAGAAAGCAUCGUUCAUAGAUUUGGCCUCACAAUUACAGCCAGGUUUGCAGGUAUAUUUUGAACUGUGUCCUGAGAGGCAGGGCCACAAGAGCUAAACAGAGACAUCUGGCCCCAAAAAACCCAUCUACAGCUUCCACUCUGAAAUGCAUGGUCUUCAAAAAGACAAAACUUUGACCUACCAGCUUGCGCAUGAGCAUGCAUCUCACUCUCUGCGGACACAUUUCCUGUUCCAAGGGGGUUUUGGUGAAUUCUACUUCCUGUUCGAGCUGGGUCCCGUUGAAUUCUUCUUCCUCUCUGUUUUGGAUCCCAUGUAAUUCUUCUUUCUGUUUCUGGGGACCUAUGAGGUUACACUACAUUCUUCUUGAGCGUUACAACCUGUGCUGAUGUGGACCAACAGGAAAUCUGACACUUUUGUGCCAUGAAUAUCAGAUGAAUAUAAGGGCAGUUUUAAAAUAUCCCUUAAACUCCAAGCUGGGGAAAAAAACAAAAACAACAGUAACAUACACUCAUUUCUCUGUGACCAAAGAUGGCACGAAAGCUCUAGGAGGGAAAAAAAUAUUCGCCUUACACAUUACCGUGGACCCAUGACAUUAGGAGAAGGAUCCCUGUGUUUUGUUUUUUUGUUUUUAAAGCAAAAAUAAACUAUGUGGUGGACUUUUCUGUACAUAAAUUACAUUAUGUAAAAAAUACAAUUUAGCAGUUAGAUUUGGAAAGAGCACUGCAAAAAUACACUUUACAAGUGCUUUCAACAUUUUAAAGACAGUUUGAGUGUAGCUUCACAUGCUCUUGUAUAGAUAAUUAUUAUAGCAGGUAUGUUUGUAUAUGAGUGAAGUUAGUUCAGUUUUCAGGGGACAUUUCCUUCCUUGAAAUCCUCUGCGAAUUACAGCGAUUCCCAAAAUGGGAAUUUAUCAAGUUCUGUGAAAAAAGUCAUUCAGAGGACUAAUAUUUUGAUGCAUGUAGUUCACCUUAUUUUAGGAACCUUUUUUCUAAGUUUGCAAAGCACUGUAUUUAAAAGACAAAUAAGAAAAUACUUUUUCUUGCAUACACAUACAACCCUAACAUGUCUCACCUUUUUAUACUCCAAAAUGUUACCCUAAAAGCAUCCAUAUUGUAGAAAUGAUUAAGUGUGAAAAGCUCUUAACAGAUUGCUUCCUUAGGAGUUCAGUGUAGUGUCUGUUAUCCUCCGUGUGGAACAGCGUCUGCUGAUGUUAGCCUGAACGCUGCAAGUAAGAGGUGUUCAGAAUGUUAAUGCUAGUAAUCAGCCUCUCUGUUCAACUUUCACUGUAUCAUGUGUAGUGGCUGUACAGCAUAGAGGUCUCUCUCUGUCUUAAGGCUAUUUGUAGUCAUUAUUGGAAUGUCUUCAUACAUUUGCCCUUGUUUUCUUUUGACUGCUGAGGUUUUAAAAUAAAAUUUUGGCAUUUUGUUUCAGGUUAGGUGAAUAUUUAAUAUUUUCAUCUGGAGUCACACAUACUUGUAUGGGUCGUCUUUAGACCUUUAUUGUCAAAUUAUUGGCUUAUGUAUUACAAAUGACAUACAAUGGAUGAACAUUAUAAUUUUUAGUAUUACAAGAAAAAUUUUCCAAUUAUAAAACUGUGUGAUAUAUUUUAGACCAGAGAGUCAAUAUGUUGCAGAGUUCUGCAUCGCUUUUGAUAAUAUACAAUUUUUCUUUAGAGAUUGUUUGUUUUGUUUUCUUUCAAUAGUGUUAGUCUUAUUAGCUUGUGGUGUGUAUGGUGUGAAAUAUCGUUUUGUGUGCUGAACUUUGCUAUGGACAUGAGAUCUCCUGAGAGACUUUAUAAGGAAACUAUGUCAUGGUGGGGUGUGGUUCUGCUUCCCUGUUACAUGUCAAUCAAACUGUGGGAGGGGCCUGGCAUGGUCCAAUCAGUUGACUUUGUUUGAUAUAAUUGUUUUCACCUGAGCAAAAUUUUUGAUGUACAAUUCUUACAAGUGAAGCCAUUUAAAUGUAACUAUAAUAGCACUUUGGUUAUUGGAGGUCUUCUCUUUUAGAAACUAGCAGCUAUGAUGCCACCAUAAUGUUUCAAAUGUCUGACAAAUAUCUGAUUUAAAAAUGAAAUAAACGCAUUGAUUUUGCAAACCUA